UGUAAGAAUUUUUUGGCGCAGCUUGCACACAGUUACAAUGGCGCAGGUCCUAAUCGCAGGCAAACCUAUCUCUGGGUCCUAUCAAAUCGAGACUAGGCACAGGCGGCCGGCGUGCGGCCGCCGGCUGGAGCUCUCUGCACCUUCAUGUUCUACAGAAGAGUGGAAUUCUCUUCGACAGUCUCUCAAGUGCAGUGGCAGGUUUUCGUGCCUCUUUUCUGAUAAUCGCAAGCAGGAAGAGGCUCGCAAAGCAUUAGAGAGUGCCCUAGGUGGAAAGAAAAUAGAGUAUGAGAAAUGGGACAAAGAGAUGAAAAGGAGAGAAGAAGCUGGAGGAGGAAAUUCAGGUGGGGGUGGAUGGUUUGGAUGGCGCAGAUGGUUUGGUGAUGGCGAUCAUUUCUGGCAGGAAGCUCAGCAAGCGAGUCUCGCAAUUUUAGGUAUUCUUGUUGUGUAUCUUAUAGUGGCGAAGGGAGAUGUGAUGCUGGCUGUCAUUUCUAAUCCAUUGCUCUUUGCUUUAAGAGGGACGCGGGAUACCUUCUCUUUUGUUACUUCAAAAUUUGUGAAUAGGAUUCAUCCUAGAAGGUAUGGAAAUGUGGAUACCCAGCAGGAUCAAGUUCCUCCACCCGUCUCUGCAAAAGAACGAGUGCUAGGAAAAUGGGGAAGCAAUUGAUCUUGUUCCAGGUAAAAUUGAUGCAUCCCACUGUUGGAAUUUGAGAAUUUUGUGAUUACUGUUACCUACAACUACCUGAGGCCGAACUCUAAUUAUAAACGUAUUGUGGCUCUUUAGAUGUGAGAUUCUUUGAUUGGUUGAAAAUGUUGCUUCACAUUUGAUCUGCAAUUACAAAAUGGAAGCUUGUUUGUAUUGCAAAUGCUAAAUUUUGGAAGGAGCUGAUACUUUUUUGUUUCUGUGAUUUGAUGAUUGAUAUUGAUGAUGAGUAAAAUGUGCAGUGGCAGUGGCUGUGGAUGUAAUAGAAAUAACAAAGGAGGUUUUGUUGCCCUAUUAUUUCAUUGGUGAUUGGUGAGAAAAUGAUUAAUAUUUUGGUGUA